UAAGGAAAUAGGCUGAUCCGUAGUGAGGGUAAAUUUGUGAUUUGAAGGGUCCGAUAGAGAUAAUUUCGAAGAAAGCAAAUUUCAACUUCAAUUUUCAGAAAAAUCUCUCAGAACAAACCCUAGACAGGACAGAGAAGAAGAGAGAAAGAAAAUGGGUGAAGGAGUAGGACGAGAUUAAGAAUCCGACUAUGAUCUACUAAAGGCAACAUCCAAAGCUGCAGCCAGGUUGAAUAAUUUAGAUUCUAAAUUCGGUUUAUUGAAAACAUCUAAAUCUGUGUUAGACCUAUGUCCUGGCACUGGUGGUUGGAUGCGUCUUGCUGUUUUAAAAAUCCAACAAGGGGGUUUAGUUGUCGGUGUUGGUCUUCAUCCGAUUAGACCUGUUCCAGACGCAAUUUUCACUCAAGAAGAUAUCACUACUCCUAAAUGCAGAGAUACUAUACGAAAACAUAUGACCGAAAAUGAUUUUACUGGUUUUGAUGUUGUAAUGCGGGGUGAUGGUUUAUCUUCUGAUACUCUUGCUACUCCUUGGGAUCAGGCGUCUCAGCUUACUGAAUCUAUUAAACUCGCUACUGAAUUCUUAUCACCCAAAGGAGCUUUUGUCACUAAGAUGUUCGAUGGCGCACAAGAUUACAAUCCCAUGCUUUACUGUCUUGAGCAGUUAUUUGACGGAGUUGUCGUUACCAAACCAACAUGCACAUUUCCAGAAACCUACAUCGUGGCUAAAAGUUAUAAAGCCCCAGAAAAGAUUAAUCCCCGUCUGCUCGUUACUAGGAAUUUGUUCAGUAUUAAGGAAGAUAUUAAACCUGAGGUAAUUAGAAGAGCCUUGUUGUUUCAGUUCUAUGUGUUUUCUUUUAUUGAUGAAAUUCAGCCUUUUAAUUCUCUUAGUUAUGUCUUUUUAGGUGAAGUACUCUUCUGGCAGAGCCAGCACAAAGUACCCUGGUAUGACCAUUGCGUGCAUCAUUGUAAAGGCAUAGAUCCUGGGAUUGUAAUGGGAUCAGAUGGUCUAGUAACAGGUCGAACUACUUGCAUAGAAGAUGACAUCAAAGUUAAAGAGAUUGGAGUUGAUAUAUUGUGUGGACAGUCUGGCCACUAUGAUUUCGCGGAAACUGUAUAUGAGUAUAUAGAUGAGAAGGUGUUGAAUAAGAUUGUUGCUGAGAAGAGCAGGCCAUCAGUCGAGAAGUGUGCAUGUAUGAUGAAGAGGUGGUAUGCUAGUUAUUGGAAACAGUGUGAGAAGAAGGGUGAUGAGGUGGAUCGAGCGUCGGGUAAGGCAUUGGGUAAAGAUAGUCAUGCUUUUUUGACAAUAGCUGGGUAUGAAGAUGAGGGUAAGGAUGAACUAGUCCUUCAUGUGUGAUCCGCUACAAAGUUAGGGCCAAGAAGGGAAUCAAGGUAUUGUUGUGAUGGUUCUGGUGGCACUUAUGCUGAAGUGUUUUUGAAAGCGAACAUUGAGAGAUGUACUUCAAUUGAUGACACCGUGGAUGUCAUGAAGAAGAUGUUUCUGAAAUCGGGUAGAUAUGACUCUAAAACUGGCGGAAGGUUUAAGAUUCCGGUCAUCAGACCUCACCCAGACAUUAAAGCGAUGAGACUUUUACCCCCACACCAGCAAAACACGGGAAGCAUCAAGGAUGAGUACACUACUUUAAGUGAGUUAAUGGAGGUGUACAACGAUCAUUUCAAUGACCGCUUUAUGGAACAAGAGUAUGGAUCGGACUAGGGUAUGAAGCUGAUAGAACCCUGGUGUCGGAAUUUGGAUGGUUGAUCUUUUAUUAGUAAUCUCUUGAUCUUUUGACAAGGUAUCGGUGAGGCGUUGUACUGAUUUAACAAUGCCUUGUUGAUAUUUUCCAGCUUUUGUUCCAAUUGGUCUUUUCAAUGAGAGUUCUUAUUUAACAAUGCUGAUAUUGUCCGACAAAAGAAGAACAUUAUUGAUGGAGAAGUUAUUUUUUAUGUUUCUUUCAUUAGUGAUCUCUUGAUCUUUUGACAAGGUAUCAAUGAAGUGUUGUAAUGAUUUAACUGUGCCUCAUUGAUAUUUUUCCUGUUUUCUUUUGUUCUC